AUGGUGACGAGAAGCAAGCUGCGGUCGGCAUUGGCCGCUGAAAAAGGAGUCGACUUCGCCAAACUAAAGCAACAAAAGAAAGCAAAGGAAACGGCGAAGAGAAAGGCUCUGAAAGCUGGCAGCAAAGACCGAGAAGACGAAGAUGAGGGCGCCUCGGAUAAUGAAGUGGAGGAAGACCAAGAAAAAAUGAACCUCGAUGCUAUCUAUGAGAGCGACACUUCUGAAUCUUCAAUUGAGCUUGAAAAGAGAUUGCCACGAAAAGCAGCAGCUGGCCAACAGAAGUCCAAACCAGCGGCAGUAGAGCAAGAGGAGGAUGAAGAUGAGGAGGAGGUUGAGGAAGAAAUCCCUGUCUCCGACCUCGAAGAUCUUGAAGAAGACGAAAAAGAAGACAUUGUCCCCCAUACAAGACUGACAAUUAACAACACGGCUGCUCUCCUCGCGGCGCUCGAUAGAAUAUCCAUGCCAACAGACAAGACUGUUCCAUUCGCCACCCACCAGUCUGUCGUCUCAUCCGCACAAACUACCGAGUCGAUACCCGACGUAUCGGAUGAUCUGCAACGAGAACUUGCUUUCUACUCCCAAUGCCUGGAAGCUGUACGCGUGGGCCGAUCUCGGCUAAUCAGUGAAGGAGUGCCGUUUUCUCGACCAAAGGACUAUUUCGCUGAAAUGGUCAAGGAGGAUGCCCACAUGGAGAAGAUCAAGGCGAAGUUGGUCGAAGAAGCGUCCGCUAAGAAGGCGGCAGCUGAAGCUCGCAAACUUCGUGACUUGAAGAAGUUUGGCAAACAAGUACAGGUAUCUAAGCUCCAGGAGCGACAAAAAGCUAAGCGUGAGGUGCUCGAUAAAAUUAAAACACUCAAAAGAAAACGUCAGGAGCACAGCUCUGAUGUCGGCACAAAGGAAGCCGAUAUCUUUGAUGUUAGCGUGGACAACGAAAUCGCCAAACAUUCACAGCGCUCUGGGUCUGGUCGACAGCAAUCAGGAGCUCGCCCCGUGAAUGGCAAACGUCAAAAGAAGAACGAAAAAUAUGGAUUUGGGGGGAAGAAACGCCAUGCAAAAUCUGGAGACGCCAUGAGCUCCGGUGAUCUCUCCAGGUUUAAUGUGAAGAAAAUGAAGGCCAAGUCAUCACGGCCCGGCAAAAGCAGGAGAAAGGCUGCCGCCUCCAAAUAA